GAAAUUUCAAGCUACCACUCUUCAUUCCACUCACUCUCUUCUUCUUCUUCUUCUUCUUCUUCUUCUGCUUCGUUCAACACCAAACCACACACAGUGAGAGAAGAAGAAGAUGAUCAUGAUCAUGAAGAGAAGAAUCUCAGUGUUGUUGUUGUUCUCUGCGCUUCUUCUGAUUUCAACCGUUGGCGCCAACCACGGCGUUUUCAGCGUCAAAUGCAAAUUCGCCGGCCAGGAACGCUCCCUCUCCGUCCUCAAAGACCACGACUACCACCGCCGAAUCUCCCUCCUCGCCGGCGUCGACCUCCCCUUAGGCGGAAGCGGCCGACCCGAUACCGUUGGGCUGUAUUAUGCUAAAAUUGGGAUUGGAACUCCUUCAAAAGAUUAUUACUUGCAGGUGGAUACUGGCACUGACAUGAUGUGGGUUAAUUGCAUUCAGUGCAAAGAAUGUCCCACUAGAAGUAACCUUGGUAUGGACCUUACACUCUACAAUAUGAAGGAAUCCUCCACUGGUAAAUUUGUUUCCUGCGAUCAAGAGUUCUGCAAAGAGAAUAUUACGGGUCUUGUGUCUGAAUGCACUGGCAAUGGUACCUGCACAUAUCUGGAGAUGUAUGGUGAUGGGAGCUCCACUGCAGGUUACUUUGUAAGGGAUGUUGUGCUAUAUGAUCAAGUGGCUGGGGACCUUAAAACUGCUUCGGCUAAUGGAAGUGUUAUAUUUGGGUGUGGUGCUAGACAAUCUGGAGAUCUAAGUUCAACAAAUGAAUACGCACUUGAUGGAAUACUUGGAUUUGGAAAAGAAAAUUCUUCAGUUAUUUCACAACUUGCUUCUUCUGGCAAAGUGAAAAAGAUGUUUGCUCAUUGCUUAAAUGGAGCAAACGGAGGUGGUAUAUUUGCAAUUGGGCAUGUUGUGCAGCCUAAAGUGAACACGACUCCAUUAUUACCAAACCAGCUACAUUAUAGCGUCAAUAUGACGGCGGUUCAGGUCGGCCAGACUUUCCUUCCUCUAUCAACAGAUGCAUCUGAACAGAGGGACAUGAACGGGACAAUAAUUGACAGUGGUACAACCUUGGCCUAUCUACCUGAAGGGAUUUAUGAGCCACUAAUAUAUAAGAUAAUUUCUCAGCAACCUGAUCUUAAAGUUCAGACUCUCCAUGACGAAUAUACAUGCUUUCAAUAUCCUGGAAGUGUUGAUGAUGGAUUUCCAGCUGUCACCUUUUAUUUUGAAAAUGAACUCUCCUUGAAAGUUUAUCCGCAUGAUUAUUUAUUUGCCUCUGGAGAUUUCUGGUGUAUUGGUUGGCAAAAUAGCGGGACACUAUCAGGAGACAAUAAGAACAUGACCUUAUUGGGAGAUUUGGUGCUUUCAAAUAAACUUGUAUUUUAUGACCUUGAAAAUCAGGUUAUUGGAUGGACUGAGUACAAUUGUUCUUCAAGCAUUAAAGUGAGGGAUGAACGCACGGGAACAGUUCAUUUAGUUGGUCCCCACUAUAUUUCUUCUGCUUGCUCUUUAAAUACCAACCGGGUGAUAAUAUUGUUUCUAAUUGUACUACUUCAAAAGUUGAUUUCUUGAACUGGAGCAACUAAUAGUACAUAUAGCUAAGUCAAAAUUAUGGCUAGAGGAAUUGAAAAUAGAAAGGACAAAACACAUGCUGUGGGAUAAAAGAAACUUCCAUGAUUUGUAAAUGUGAUUUCAGUUUUCAAGGAAGGCUAGGACACUAAUCAUUGAGAACGCCAUGGUAACAAUUUUGAACCCAUGGUGAAUCUGUAAAUUACAAUAUAGCUUACAAUCAACUGUAUAUGUUAUUAGAGUAGACUUUGGAUUUAACUUGGCUUGGGUCUAACUGCAUGUCGGAAUGUCGGGAGAUCCUUCUGCAAUUGACUCUGAAGGCAGGACCAAUUCUGGGAAGAAGCUCCUGUGAGUAGCUUUUGAGUGUUAGAAUUGAUUCUGAUGAAAGAGAAGUUAAUCCAAACCAGUUUUAGUGCAUGUAUGAAAAUCUCUUAACAAUGGGUUCUAAAGCCAAAAUCAAAUAUGAGAUAUCAAUACUUUACUUUGGGGCAUUGCCAUAA